GACUCGAACUCGAAGAGUGUUUUGAUUUGAAAUCUGAGCUCGAAAACAAACCAACUUCUUCAACGGUCAAAUGGAGAUAGCGACUGCCUGACGAGCCAUCCUUCUGCCCCUCCCUCCUCUGAAAUUUUUGCUUAAUUCGUGAAAAGUCUAGGGUUUCAAAUUCCACUUCUUUUGAUUGUCUCAGAGAUCAAAUCCGAAGUGAAAAAAUUUGUAAAUGAAAUAUUUCAGUGUCUUCUUGAUCCUAUUGCUCUCGCUUUUGGGGUUUCCCAGCGGCAAUGGCCGCAUUUUUACCCUAGAAAUGCAUCACCGGUUCUCGGAACGAGUCAAGAAAUGGUCCGAGGCCGCCAGGAACUAUUUUCGGGCCGGAAAUUGGCCGGUGAGGGGAAGUAUUGAGUACUACGCCCAAUUGGCCGGCCAUGAUCGGCUGCUCCGCUUCCGCCGAAUCUCCGAAUCCGAUGCACCGCUCACCUUCUCUGACGGAAACUCCACUUUCCGCAUCAACUCCUUGGGAUUUUUGCAUUAUACGACUGUAACAUUGGGGACGCCAGGCUUGAAGUUUCUGGUGGCGCUUGACACUGGGAGUGACCUUUUCUGGGUGCCCUGUGAUUGCAGCAAAUGUGCUCCCACUGAAGGCACGCCUUAUAGCUCUGAUUUUGAACUUGGCAUAUACAAUCCUAAUGGAUCAUCAACAAGCAAAAAAGUCACUUGCAACAAUAAUCUGUGCACACAGCAUGAUAGAUGCUCUGGAACCUUCGCCCAUUGCCCUUAUACGGUAUCCUAUAUUUCAUCUGCAACUUCAACUUCAGGGAUCUUGGUGGAGGAUAUUCUGCACUUGGAGACAGAAGAUAGUGAUCAAGAAUUUGUUGAGGCAUACAUCAUAUUUGGGUGCGGACAGGUUCAAACUGGUUCAUUUCUAGAUGUGGCAGCUCCAAAUGGUUUAUUCGGGCUUGGAUUGGAGAAGAUAUCAGUUCCUAGCAUUUUAUCCAGCAAAGGUUAUACAGCAGAUUCUUUCUCUAUGUGCUUUGGGCAUGAUGGGACUGGAAGGAUUAGUUUUGGGGAUAAAGGUAGCCCCGACCAGGAAGAGACCCCAUUUCAUAUGAACCCAAAGCAUCCAACAUAUAAUAUAUCUGUAACUGAAACUCGUGUGGGAACUACUUUCAUCAACUUGGAUCUGACAGCCCUCUUUGACUCUGGGACCUCUUUCACAUAUCUGGUUGACCCAGCUUAUACAAGGCUCUCAGAGAGUUUCCACUCCCAAAUUCAAGAUAGACGGCAUCUACCUGAUCCAAUGAUACCUUUUGAAUAUUGUUACAACAUGAGUCCAGAUGCAAAUACUAGUUUGAUACCUACUGUGAGUCCAGUCAUGAACGGUGGAGGCCAAUAUGUUGUCUACGAUCCAAUUAUUAUCAUCUCCACACAGCAUGAAUUUGUGUAUUGCCUGGCUAUUAUCAAGAGUGCAGAACUCAAUAUAAUUGGACAAAACUUUAUGACUGGAUACCGCAUUGUAUUUGACAGAGAAAAGUUCAUCCUUGGCUGGAAGAAGUCGGACUGUUAUGACAUUGAGUAUCCUAUUGCAGCAGAGUCCUGCAACUCCAGGGAUACUGAUGUUGCUGCUGAACAAGGUAAUUAUCGGACUCCAAUAUCAAGAGCAGAAAACAGAAGUUUUCAAACUUCAGUUGCAUCACCUUCUCUCAGAGGUCAUGCUUCUGAUCUGGCCUGCUGUUUCCUUGAACUUUUCUUCAUUACUGUCUCUCUUUUCUUGCUGAUCUAGCAUCCUUAUUUUAACAAAUCAGUUGCAGUCACAUAUAGCACUAGUUUUUAGUUCAUCCCUUCUUCAUCGACCAAAAACCAUCUUUACCCCAUGCCAACUUAGGGGUAAAAUUUGGGUAGCCACCGCCCAGAAUAUGUUUUGGUUCCGGCUGCAUGUUGUAUAUAAGCAGGCAGUUACACAAUAAGACGUCACCAUAUCACCAUUCUCUGUUCACUCCUUGUUUGUUGUGUUUGGCCACGACGUGAUCCAUCAAAUGAAGGAUACGCGUAAUUUGUUGAGUCAAGUCCAACUCCUUGUUGGACCCCCCGCAUGUUCUUGUAACCUUUUUGCAUCAUGCUGUUUAUGUUUAGGAACGGGAACUAGUACUUUUGCCAUUCACUUGAAUUUCUAUGAGCAAAGUGGGAAAAUUAUUAACUGUUCCUUUCAGAUUGAGCCGUGCAAAGACAGAAACCUAAAUGAGAUAUAAUUCAUUCAGGAGUUUAGUCUAGAUCUGAUUGUAUACUUGGAAGUUUUGGGUUUGAAUGGUUCGCAUCCAAUGCACCUGGAACAUCUUUUAUAUCAAUAAUUAGUGAACAUUUUUGCUGGAAUUGGAGUUUGUUUACUCUAUAGAGGGGAAGGAUCCAAUGCAAUUAUACUUUUAGAGAGAUUUCUCAUCUUUUAAAAGCAAAAUCUAACAUUAUAGUUACAUAUGGGGGGCUUCAAGGCCUCCUUCCUAUUCACAGCCUUCGGUUCUCUUUUCCCCCUAUUUCCAAAAGCAAUGCUUGCUUAUAUUUUCGUACUUUCCUCGGAAUAUUUUAAGUUUGCAAUAAGAAAGUGUAACAGGGAAGUAAUGGACUGAGCUC